AAGGGGAAAAAAAAGGAAGGGUAGAAGAUUCCAAACCCCAAUCUUUGCAUUCUUCAAAAGCGCCACGAAACGAACCCACCCUUUAAAAACAUUCCGUUAUAAACAAACAGAACCCUUUCUUAACGCUCGCAAAGCCUCACACACUCCUUUCACUCUUUGUUACGCAGCUUCAAAUGACCAGACUGCCCUUCCUUCCUCCCUUUUAUUACUUGCAGAAUCGUUGCUUUCCUUGCAUUCGUUGCUGGAAUCGGUGAAACCCAAGAGAAUUUUGAGCAUUGAAAGGAAUUCGAAUCGGGAAUGUGGGCCUUUGAUGAGCAAAAGCUUGUGGGGGGUAUCGUUACUAGUUUGGUUUGAGUUUUCCUCUCCUCUUUUCCCUAUUAAGGUGCUCUCCCUCCUUGUAGUGAAGUUUAUGAGGAAUUCAAUUUCUGUUCUGGGUGCUUUUUUUUUUUUUGUUCCAGUAAUAUUCAUUCAUUUUAUCAUUUUUUUUUCUUUCUGGUAAAUAAUAAUAAUCCCCCACGUCGUUUAUUUCAUUUAUUUUUGGUCACUGAUUGUGUAAUCAGUUUGCUAUGAGAUUGAUACGAGUGUUUAGGAGUAGCUUAGAGCUGAACUUCUUUGCUUAGAUUCUUUAGAGAAUUGAAUUUCAUUUUUGGGUUUUGAAUUUGGAGAGCAUUGGUGGAGUGGAGGAGGUUAUAUUGAUUGAUUUCUGGCUUAGAGAUUUUUUCAUUUUAGAAUUGGAAGUGUCAUUGGGUUGGCUGUCCUUCUGCGUGUGAGCAUGUCUGGUGGUUCGCCUGUUGGAGGUGGAUAUAUGAGGCAGAGACAUAGCCAAGGCUAUGCCUCUGGUGGUGAUGAUCUCGAGGAUGAUGCAUGCUCAAGGCCACAGCCCUUUACUUCUCCGCCUAGCCCCCGAGUUCGGUCAUGGGUUGAGAUUGUGGAGAAUAUACUUUGGAUUGCCUCUGCAAUUUUCAUCGUUUACUUUGGUGAUAGACAUUCCAAUUUGAUUUAUCUCUUGUGGCAUGAUGAACGAAUAAGAAGAUUGCCUUUAUAUCUUGGGAUGAUAGGUGCUGGGUUGAAUGUGGUCAUAUUCUUAUAUACAAGUAUGUUUGCAUGGAGUGUCAGGAGGUUUGAUGAAAAAUGGGAGCUAUCAAGUAUAUCUGCUUUGCCAUUUGUUACCCUAUUGGGACUCGUCUCUUUUUGCUUGUUUGCCUUCGCUUUAUGGCCAAUAUGGAGUUUCUUGACCCUUCCACUUCUGUUCACACUGUUUAUGGCUUGCAUGGUCAUCUUUCCCCAUAUCAUGAUUGUGACAUUCAGGCAGCAAAAUGAUGCAUUCCGUAUAGAUUAAACAAUCCAAGCAGUGGGCUACUAACAUAGAUGAAGAUUUUCUAACUGGAAUUUAUUGCUGAUGCCCAAUGGCAUUGGGCAUGUAUCAUGCAAUUCGUCUCCUUCCUAGUUCUGCCACCCUGAUGCUAACAACAAGAGCUGAUUGCUGUUCAAUCCGUCAGUACUCAUACCUCAGGCAUUUCUCAACUUGAUGAACCUUUUAUGCCUGAUGGUUUGUAUCACUAUGAUAACAAGAAUUAACAAUCUUUUAUCAAUCAGAUUCUGGUGAGAUGUCAAUAGUCAUGUAGAGACAUUGAGCCUUUCUGACAGUCUCCCAGUGUUAGUCUGGUCUGGGAACAUGUUCAUCUUUGGUUUAAGAAGGUGGUGUGGUGUGAUUUUAUAGUAGCGAGAUUGAAUGUUAAUAGCUUUUAACCAUUUGGAAUCA